CCAGGCUCCUCUCUCACUCCUUCCUCAGCAGCAAGUGAUGUCCAGUCCCUUCCUGGGAAGCAGGGCUUAGCAUGCAGAGCUGUUGCUCUAGAAGUGAACUCCUGGCACCAAUGCCAAGCUCUUCCCACUGCAGGGAAGCUCCCAGGCAGUUCACCCCACAGGCUGCGUUGGGGUGGCUGCUCCAGCAGGUUUGGAACUCUACUGUCACUCCUGGUUCUGCCUGUGCCGAGCCAGAGCUGCCUCUGAGGCAGAGCUUCAGUGCUUCCAUGCUUCCCACUCGGAGCAGAACACACUGGGCUGUCUCUCCUGGCACUAAUUACAAGGUGUCCCCACUUUGGGAAAGGUCUCUGCAGUCUCUUGGUGUGAUCCUGAUCACACCUGCUGGAGCAGUUCCCCUCGGAGCCUGCAGAGAAGGGAAUCUCUUUCUCUGGGGAAUCUCUGAGAGUGUGUGUGUGUAUUCUGUGGUUUAUGGCUAGCUUCAUUUAUACCAAUAACACUGGUGGGUAACUAGAGUAUUGUAGGUGCCAGCAGAGACUCAACAAAAUGAACAAGGGAGGGGAAAUGUAGAUUACAGAAUGUUACAAUAACUUAUCUUAGACUCCAUAGAUAGUGCUUAUCAUAUUUUGAAGUAGCAGUCAUGGCUUGUAUGCUGGCAUCUAAAUGGAAAGAACCCAUAUUCCAAAAUACUGUUGUGUUGAACAACAGCUGCAAUGUAGCAGUUUUCAUAAUAAAGUAAAAGUAAUUGGUCUUUUUAAAAUUAUUUCUAGUUUUAUCAGAGAAUGGGAAAGAGUCAUUCAGGAACGAUGAUAUUUAAAACCACUGUUAAAUUGCAACAGACUAUAGUGAUGAGAAAAUAUAGAGAGAGGACUUCAUGUUUACAAACAACUUAGUGUUGGCUUGAUCUUAUUUUUUAAAUUAUACUGAAUAAUUCAAGGAGAGAUAAGCAAUAAUAUGGACAAAAGGGAAGCUAUGAAAAGGUAACUUGAGAAGGGGGGAGGCACAACUAGAGAUGAAGAGCAUAAUGAAGGAUAAGGCAGAAUUCAAGCACUUCAUCUUCCACUGGAUGCAGCCUUUCCAUGCAAUCAUCUCUUGAAACUUCAUGUAAAAAAAAUUAACUGAAGCCUGUAGGAACAGAACUGCCCUUUAAAAUGGGGCUAUGCUGAACAGCUGAGUAAAUCAAUGGCAAUUUUCAUCUGCAGAAGAUCUGAAUUCAGGAUUUAUUUUGCCUUUUUUUGGGAGUGUAACCAUGAAAAACAGAUUUGGGAUUGUUUUUUUCCCCUGUAACUGAAUUAGCAUUUUUUGUAUUUUACUAUUACACUUUGUUUCAUAUGAAGUCCCAGAUUGAUUUUGUGCCUUAAACCCAAAAUGUAACUAGAAAUGGGAAAUUCUUCCUUAUUAUUUCUGCAUUUCAAGAACAAGGUGUAGCUACUAGUAUGUAGCAACUUUAAUGGUGUAACAUUCAUUGACUGUGAAUGGUGCAAAGCUGAGAACUACAAAACCCAAAGGAUACAUCGGCCUUUAUAUAAACACAGAGAGAGGCAUGUAUAUAUACAUUCAAUCUCUUAGAAAAAGUAGUGGUAGUGGUAUCACACAUGAAUUUAGCUUGGCUGGAUUAGGGAAGCAGACAGUCUGGGCUGGAUUAUUUUUGUUCCUUCUGAUAUAUAGCUCAGUUAUUAGCUGAAGAGAAUCCCCGGAUUAAAUGUGCUUCUGACACAGAUUCCACUUUACAGCCGAUCUGGGCCGGGAUGCGUUAGGAAAUCAGUACAGACCAGCUUUGAUUUGUGUAUUGCUGUAACUAACAAAGAAAUGAGUUAACCUGCAGGACCUUUCCAGCUGGAUUGCUUCAGGUUCAUCAUCUCUCUUUGUGAAACCCACGUGGUGUGAAUGCAGUAUUCAAAGUGAGUGGAAUCUCCUUGAAUAAAGGAGAAGAUGGAGGUGCCAACAGUCAGCAGUAAAGAUAAUGGUGUAUCUCAUGUUCUGACUCUAGCGCUGCAAGAGCUCAGUUUGCUCUGUAAGAGAGAUGUCAAUGGUGUUGGCAUGCUCUAUGACCUGCUCAGAUCUCGCUGGCUGCAAGCACUGCUCAAGAUUUAUGAAUGCCUCCAACACUAUCUUGGAAAAAGACCAGCUCCUGUCACGCUGCAGGCACGUGCAUUGAGUCGUGAGGUGGUAGAGUUACUGCAUGAAGCCCCUCAGUCAGGAGAGAUCAAAGAGCUGAGACGGCUACUGCGUUCUCCACACUUCAAGGCCUUGCUAUCUGCUCAUGAUACUGUGGCCCAGAAAGAUUUUGAGCCAACCCUUCCACCACUGCCAGACAACAUACCUGAAAAUGAAGAAGCUAUGAGGAUUGUCUGCUUAGUGAAAAACAACCAGCCUCUGGGUGCCACCAUUAAACGCCAUGAGAUAACAGGUGACAUAACGGUUGCCCGUGUGAUCCAUGGUGGGCUGGCAGACAGAAGUGGGUUGCUGUAUGCUGGAGACAAACUGGUGGAAGUAAAUGGAGUUCCUGUUGAGGGACUAGAGCCUGAGCAAGUCAUUAAUAUUCUGGCCCUGUCUCAGGGGACAAUUAUGUUCAAAUUAAUUCCAGUUUCUGAUCGGCCUGUCAGCAACCAAACAACACUGUAUGUGCGAGCAAUGGCAGAUUACUGGCCCUUGCAGGAUCCUGCCAUACCCUGUGCUGAUGCUGGUUUGCCUUUUAAGAGGGGUGAAAUACUCCAGAUUGUGGAUCAGAAUGAUGCUCUCUGGUGGCAGGCCAGGAAAGUUUCAGAUCUCAGUGCCUGUGCUGGACUCAUACCCUCAAAUCAUCUUCUUAAAAGGAAGCAGCGAGAAUUCUGGUGGUGUCAGCCCUUCCAGCCCCACCUCUGUCUCAAAUCAUCAAUGUUAAGCACUGUGGAAGAAGAGGAUGACAUGCAGAUUGACGAAAAGUGUGUGGAAACAGAUGAAGAAACAUUUGAGUCCGAGGAGCUUAAAGAAGAAGAGGAAGAAUUUGGUGAAUUUGGUCAACGAGUCUUUAUUGCUGGAUUCCGCAGAAGCAUGCGGCUGUGUCGCAGGAAGGCCCGGCUCAACCAGCAGUCCUGCUACUCCCGCUGCCCCAGCAGCUGCUACAGCGCCCUGGCAGCUCCCUACGAAGAGGUGGUCAGGUACCAGCGGCACCCAACAGACCGGCACAGACUGAUUAUCCUUGUGGGUCCUGCAGGAGUUGGUGUGAAUGAGCUACGGCGAAGGCUAAUCAUAAGUAACCCACGAGAGUUUCAAAGUGCCACACCUCACACCACUCGUGUUCAGAAAAGUUAUGAAAUGAAUGGUCGUGAAUAUCACUACAUAUCGAAGGAAACUUUUGAAAACAUGGUGUACAGUCACAGAAUGCUGGAAUAUGGGGAGUACAAAGGGUACCUGUAUGGUACCAGUAUUGAUGCAGUGCGAACAGUCCUUGAGGCAGGGAAGAUCUGUGUAAUAGAUUUAGAACCACAGGGUAUACAAAUAGCCCGGACCCAUGAGUUAAAGCCCUACAUUAUAUUCAUCAAGCCACCCAGCAUAGGCUGCAUGAGGCAGACUCGUAAAAAUGCCAGGAUCAUUACAGAUUAUUACGUGAACAUGAAGUUCAAGGAAGAAGAUUUACAGGAGAUGGAAGAAUCGGCUAAGAAAAUGGAAGCUCAGUUUGGUCAGUUCUUUGAUCACGUGAUUGUGAACGACAAUUUACAAGAAGCAUCUGCACAGCUGCUGUCUGCAGUACAUCGUGCACAGGAUGAGCCCCAGUGGGUCCCAGCAGUAUGGAUAUGCUCCGACAAUCAGCCCUAAUUCUAAGCAGCAGGCAGCUUCAGAAAGAUUACAGCUUAUGUUUUACUUCAAGAAUAAUCCUAAUGUCAGGAUUGCAAGAAUUUAUCUUUGUAUGUGAGGGAUUUGGAAGAGGAUUAGGAAAGAAGCUCCAACGGAAGAUAUAAUCAUACUAUGUUCUGUGUAGUUCUUGAGCUUUUUAUGUUACACCUGCAUCCACUUUUGUACAAAAAAAAGGGUAAAUGCUGUGAGUACUCAAUUACAAGAAUAAAGAAAAAUCUAUUUUGUUGCACGU